AAGGCGCGGAGCGGCGCGGCGCUGGGGCGAAGGCGACGCCAUUUUGUUUUUUUAAAAAAAGUUCGGCCGUUACCGGUGGACGGUUAAAAUUCAAAAAAAAAACACCGAAGCCGCAGAUUUUCUUUUCUUUUUUUUCCCCCUCCUCCCUCUUUUUUUUCUCCCCCCUUCUCCCUCCCUCUGAGCUCCGCCGACGAUGGACGUGAAGAAGAUGAAGGUGGCCGAGCUGAAACAGGAGCUGCAGGAGCGGGGCCUCGACACCCGCGGCCUGAAGGCCGAGCUGGCCCAGCGGCUGCAGGAGGCCCUGGACGCUGAGCUCCUGUCGGAGGAAGGAGGCGGCGAGGAGCCGCGGCCCAGCCGGGCCUACACCGAGAGAAGAGGCGGCGGGGGCGGCGGCGGCGACGAGGAGGACGAGGAAGAGGAGGAGGAGGAGGAGGACGAAGACGACGAGCUGCUGGCCGACGAGGAGGAAGAGGAGCGCGAGGCCUCGGCCUCGAUUGAGGCGGCCGGCCGAGGGGAGGAGGCGGAGGGGCGGCCCGGCGGCGCGGGCGAGCCCGAGGAUGAGGAGGGGCCUACCUUGGAGGAAGAGGAGGGGGAGGAGGAGCAGCAGCAACAGCGCGUCCCGGCGGCGGUGGAAGAGGCCGAGCCCAUGAAGGAGGAGGAGGAGGUGGAGGCCAAGCCGGCGGAGAGCCAGGAGCAAAACGGAGAGAAGCCGCCGCAGCAGCAGGCUGCGGAACCGGCAGAAAAACCAAACAGUGAGCGAGAGCCUGGAGAAGGAGGCAGUGAGGAGCGAGCUUCCGUCAGUGAGGCCCGACCCCCUGCCAAUGAGCGGCGCGGGCAGAAGAGGCGCCAUGAUGAUCGCGGGCGCGGCUACUAUGAAUUCAGGGAGGAGACAUACUACAACCGGGCCAGGUCCCCGGUGCCUGUGGGGGAGGAGGAGGCUGAAGAGGAAUUUGACGACAGUUUAGUUUGUCUCGACACCUAUAACUCCGACAUUCACUUCCAGGUGGCCAAAGACCGCUAUGGUGGGCAGCCACUCGCUCUCGAGAAGCUUGCCUACCUCUGGGGCGGAGCGCGGGCCACCUAUGGCGUGACAAAGGGCAAAGUCUGCUUCGAAGUGAAGGUGACACAGAAGCUCCCUGUGAAGCAGGUGCCCGAGAGUGAAAGUGAGCGCCACCUCGUCCGUGUGGGCUGGUCCCUGGACAGCUCCUCGCUGCAGCUGGGAGAUGGAGAGUUUUCCUAUGGCUACGAUGGAGCUGGGAGAAAGUGGGAAAACUCCAAGUUUGAGGAAUAUGGAGAGAAUUUUGAUGAAAAUGAUGUAAUUGGUUGUUUUGCUAACUUUGACAGCGAGGAGGUGGAACUGUCCUUUUCAAAGAAUGGAACAUGCCUCGGAGUGGCCUUCACAGUUAGCAAGGAGUCCCUCAGUGAGAGGGCACUGUUCCCCCACGUCCUGUCUAAAAACUGCGCAGUGGAGUGCAACUUCGGCCACAAGGAGGAACCUUUUUUCCCGAUCCCGGAGGAUUACGUGCUUAUCCAGAGCCUUCCCCUGGAGGAGCGUGUGCGGGGAGCUGUUGGUCCCACAACUAAGGACGCAUGUGAAGUUAUACUGAUGGUUGGGAUGCCUGGUGUGGGUAAGACAACCUGGGUGAAGAACCACGUGGCUGAGAAUCCAGAGAAACGGUACACUGUACUGGGCACCCACAGCAUUCUGGACAAGAUGAGGGUCAAAGGAUUGGAAGGUCCUGAAAUGAAUGCGGAGCGACGGAACACUCUGACCCAGCAUGCGACGCAGUCCUUAAGCAAACUGAUCCAGAUUGCCGCUUGCAAGAAGCGCAACUACAUCCUCGAUCAGACUAAUGUCUACAGCUCGGCUCAGCGGCGGAAGAUGAUCCCGUUCAAAGGCUUUUACCGCCAGGCUAUGGUGAUCUGCCCGAGUGACGAGGACUGGAAGACGAGGAUGAAGCUGCGAACUGCGGAGGAGGGCGAGGACGUACCAGAAUUUGCACUGAAUGAAAUGAAAGUCAAUUUUACGCUCCCCGAGACAAGUGACUUCCUGGACAAGGUGACCUAUGCGGAGCUGGAGAAGGAACAAGCCACCAAGCUGGUGAGCAAGUACCGAGAGGAAGCGAAGAAAGCCCGGCCCCAGCAGGAGAAGCGGCAGGAUCGACGCAACUAUCGCAACCGCAACGACAGGGACCGGAACUAUGGUGGUUACCGCAUGGGCAGGUGGGACAACAGGAACUAUGAUCGGUCGCAAUACGGGCAGGGCUGGGGCCCCGCGUAUGGCAACAACCCGGCAUACAGAGAGGAUUACCAUAAACCCUACGACCGAUACAGGCAGCAGUACGACCGGCCCUAUCAGCAGCAGCCCUACGACUACCACAGAUACCGGGACUAUUACCGGGAGUACGCUCGCGAGUGGCAUCGCUAUUACGAGGAGCGAAACCGUUACUACAACAGUUACUAUGGUUACCGAUGAAAGCUCGACCGUGUGCACACCCCCUUAGCCUGGGCUCUCAGCCAGCCUCCAACAUAGUUUCAUUCCAGUGGAGCAGCAGGUGGCUGCGGGGGUUUUAACUCAAAAUGUUUUCGGCUAGUGUUUAGAUGUUCUGUUUUUUUUUUUAAAAAAAAUUUUAUUUUUACUCUUUCAACAAAGUGAGUGCCUGGCUUUCCAGGGGCAUUUCAGCUCUUCCUCAACAAGUCAUACCACAGUAGUUAACGCGGAAUGUAUAUAAAAUGCACUCUCUCACUCGUGCGCGUGCUGACUCCUGCCCGUGUGCGCUCGCACAUGCUCCUUUGCUCGUGCGCGCGCACGUUCUCUUGCACUCGUGCGCGUGCCGAGUGUGGGCGUCUGUACUCUUUUAUCAUUCGGUCUCAUUUACCUGCGUGCACGCACCCAGUAACACCCUUAACUCGUAUAUUUUUUAACACUGAGCCACUCUCUGGCCAGGCCCUGAGCGGAGUUGCGGUGCCUGUCGACAAAGAUUGCCGCUUCCCCGCCCCUGUCGGCUGUGUUUUAGGUGCCGACCUUUGUAAACACAAGAGCGUUUGGUAUCCAUUGUGACAUGCAGCAUGCGUGCAUGUUCAGUAUUGGACGUGUUGUCUUGAAUCAAAUGUGUGAGGGAAAUGGAGCCCAGCUGAAUAUGGUUCCACCUGCCCGGGUACAGUGGUAUCGAGCUGAGAGGUCAAAUGCCCACAGGACGAGUUGUCAAAUAAACAUCAGUAAAUCUGGCAGUGUUGGGUAGGUAUCGGCGAAGCGGCAAGGUUCCCACUCGAGUCUGUCCCUCCCCGCGCUGCAGUGGUUGACUCUCGAUGCCCCUCGAAAACCUUUUGUGUGUUAUUGGACUGAAGGCCAGCGCCAGCACUUCUUCAAGGCAAGUCGGGAAAUGAGCGGGUAAAUUUUGCCAGUUCUGCCCAGCACCCCAAGGAGCAGUGGUGAGGGGUGGUGGUGGGGGGGAAGGAAAAGAAGACUAGUGCUGCCAUCUUUUCUGGAGGCAAAUCAUUUUCGCUCCGUGAACGUGAUCAAAAGCUACCCCCCACCCCCACCCCCACCCUCGGCCUGAAGUAAAGGAUGUUUGCAUAGGAGUUCCCGGAGGAACUUACAUAUGAACAUAAGAAUUAGGAGCAGGAGUAGGCCCCUGAGCCUGCUCAUCCAUUCUAUAAGACCAUGGCUGAUCUAAUUUAAACCUCUACUCCACAUUCCUCCGUAACUCCGAUAACCUUUCACCCCCCCCGCCCCCCACCUGCUUAUCACUUGCAGGAUGAGAUCCCUCCCCCAGGCACAUCGCCCUCCCCGUCACCCUGUACACAGCAGCAACGAUGCAGUUUUAAGACAAUUCGACCGUCCACGCUACUGCUCGCGUCCUGCGUUAACUACUGUGAAGCUGAAACCGCCUCGUGAAGCCGGCCUCCUGUUUUCCUACCAACCCUCGCCCACCCCAGGCUUCACAGGAGCCUCCCUCUCCUUCCCACAGCAAAGCGACAGAAUGUUGCACCUUUGACACAGUGACUGGCCUGGCUUUACACUCGCAAAUAUUCUAACGACAGCCGUGCUUCUUAAAAUGGGGGCAGAGAGAGAGAGAGAAGAGAAUGCAUGCGCGCGCGUGCGUGUCUGUGUGUGUGUGUGUGUGUGUGUGUGUGUGUGUGUGUGUGUGUGUGUGUGUGACCAACUACUGUUCUUGUGACAGAGCAUCCCGUCCUGUCAGUCUAACGUAGAUGAGCCUGCGUGAGUGUGUGGCUUCUCCCCGAUCACCUUCAUUAACCACCGAUUGCUCGAGGUGGUGGAGCUGCUGAGUUUGGUGGUGCGAGUGGAUAGUGCAGUCCUGCUGCACCCCUCGAUUAGAUUAGAAAUGUCUUGUAGGGUGAGAAUUGGUGCCGGGGGAGGAGGGGUUGAGUUUGGCCCUUUGCCGGUUCAGGCUGAGCUUGUAUUUUCUUUUGACAAGGGAAGAGGAGGAGGAAGAGGCCCUUUCCUUUUUUUUUCCCCCCCUCUCGUUAUAUUUUUUUGGUGCUUUUUUUUUUGUUUUGUCUGUUUACGUCUUCUUGGGAAGCGCCUUCCGGAUUAACGCUGCAGAGCGGGCAGGUGGAGAAGUGGGCGAAAAGGAGGAAAGAAACUGAGCAGAAGCCAAUGAAGUUGCUUUUUGUAUUUAUGAUGCUUUGGACUUUGUAGUCUCUCCCUGCCACAUCCUUCCAGCAAAGCUUCAGUUUUCAUGCGCGCGCGCGUUCCAUUUUUUAAUUUUUACCCAGAGAGAGACAAAAAAUAAGACUUGCUUUUCAACUCGAGCGAUGUUUUUCCUAAUCGUUAGCCUGCAAAGGUUAUCGGUGUAUGAUGCAGCCUUUUUAAUGUCAAGUUUAGGGGCGGCCUGGGAAGAGAUGAGGCUAUUUUCGGAUAAAUGCAUUUGUCGUUCCUUCGGUGAGUUCUUCCCCCCCCGGCCGUGUGAUCGUGCCGAGUGUGGCAGAGGACGGGAAAGACUGGGUGCGCGGCUGGCUGGUCUGCAGCAUGUUGGACCUGCUGCUGCUACACCCCCCCCCCCCCCCCCCCCGACUGGCAUCAGGAACCAGGGGCCAGCUUUGCCUAGGUGUCCUGUUACUGUCUUGGGGAAGUUGGAUUGCCAGUCCAGGUUUCCUUCCAGUGGUCCCAGGGUUUCCCAUCUGUGCUGGAGGGGGGGCAGCUGACCCUCCAAAUGUUUAAACCAGGAAUGCUUCCCCCCCCCCCAAACCUAAGUGCUGCCAAGGUUCAUGUUAGCGGGCACCCCACCAAGGACAAGGGGGUUCAACACAGAUACUUAGACAGGUAACUGGUGCCAUGCCAGGCUGGACUGACACAGGUGUGAUCCUUUUAUUCUCUGAACCUGCCUUAGCCAGUGCCACUGUGCAACAUCUGUAAGGAAUGCCUACGUGAAGUGUCCCUUCUAACCAUAGGACUUGGAGGAAUACCUUUUGUAUCCUUUUAUCUCAGAGGGGUUCGAUUUCAGUGGAAGGUGAAAAUUGGGAAAUGAAUGUUUUUUUUUAAAAAAAAGAUUUAGCCAAAUUGUUUAAUACUUAUCCUGUAGAUUAUAAAAAAGCUGAUUAAAUUCUGCUUCGGUUGCAUACAGAUACUCUAUAUCUUUUUUUUAGAAUUAUUGAGUGGCGCAAGGAAGACAAGGCGAGAGAAAAGGCUGUGACCCCCUCCAUCUCCAACUCCUGCGUGCAGGUGAAAAAGGGCGCACGAGGCCUAGAUUUCACACCUCGUAGCUGUGCAGGAAACCUGGCCUCUUGAACGUCACUGGGGGAAUGAGUAAAUGCCGAUUCGAAGUCAUUUUGGAGGCUGGUGGAGCUCAGUGGUGAUAUUUCCAUCAAGUUCCCUGUUUUCAGCUGUUGUGUGCGUGGUCUUUCUUGCUCACCGCCUGUAAACAUGUGGUUACUGAGAGCCAAGAACUGGCUUGUCCCGGAAAGUCCCCUGGUUCCUCUUGCCGCCGCCCCCUCCCCUGGAGUUUUGCCAGUCUGUGCCUGCGUGCACUGCACCCCCCCCCCCCCCCCACCCCCCCUUUGCCCCUUGGCCAGCCUCCUGAUGAUGCUGAGCUGCACCCGCAGGAAACCAUACGACUCACUCAGUCGGAGCAAGUUUCCAGAACUGGCUUGAAGUUGGCUGCCCGCUUUCCCAGCCCUGGGAGGCUGACCUGAGGGUGGUGCAUGAGGUUAUGCGUCUUAUAAUAGGGUCAUCAACAUCUGUAUUAUCUUUCUCUGCACUAGAAAGUAAUGCUUUGUACAUACAAAUUUCUCCUUUAAAUUGUGGCCUGCAAUGGGUGACUGACCGGUAAGAACACUGCCCGCUGCCACAGAUGCUCGCUGGGUUCAGUACGAGCACAUAUCCCUCUAAAAGCACACAAGGCUACUCUUUCUUUUCUGCCUCCUUUCCAUCGACCUCCUCACUCCCCGUUUUGAGCCUGUGCAGUCCAGGACCCGGUAGUUCUAUAAAGGGCCAGACCGAGCCAGCUGUUCUUGCUUAUAUGCUCGGUCUUUAAAUCUUUUUUUUUUGGUAUGCAGCAAUGUAUGUAUAUUUCAAGCUUUUCCACAUGCACCGGUCACAGAUCAGGUGUUAUGCAAUCAUAUUUGUGUGUGAUACGUUUUGAAGGAGAAAGGAUUUUCUUUUUUAAAAAAAAAAGCCAAUCUUUUGCAAUCUAGAGCAACAGUAAAAACUUGGUGCGUGGCCUUUGUUUUUCCUAAAGAUAAAAGGUUUUUACGUGUAGAUUUGCCUCGAAUUGUACGUGAAAUCUGACUCGGAACAAUUAGCCUCUAAUUGACCCUGGACUCUGCCUUGGAACAGUUAGCCUCUAAUUGACCCCGGAACUGCCUAAGCUUUGACUAACCUCUGAAAACUAUAAAUAUUGCGCUUUGUUUUGAAAGGGACACAUACUGAAUUACAUAAAGCUGCAGUACAACCACCCGAAUAACGCUUUGGACGUGGAAUAAAUUUCUUACCCUCUCAAAGUGUGGUCCAUCCCUGUAACUGCCAUGAGCAAUGCCACGGGGAGGGGAGCCAGUUGCAAAAAAAAAAUUGUCUCAAAACAGGGGGGAAAAAAAGAGUUCAUCCGCCCAAAAUGGCGUCAGGUGUCCUAUGGUUACAAAUUGACACUUCACCGCGGCUGUUCCCUCGACGGACCCUUGCGAGUGGCUGCGCAGAGGUCGUGCGACAGCGCGUUUGUCGGGCAGCGCUGAGCGCGCAGAGUUGCUGGCGGUGGACUCCGUGGAUAGACCCAGGCUGCGGGCAUCCUUCGUGCAGUGAAACCCCGAAGGCCGUGCUCCGCGUCCGCUCUGCUGUUCUGCUUUCUCCUUGAUUUGUAACGCCGACUCGCAGUGUCUCUCUUUUUAACCUAUGGGGAGGGGAGUGGUGGGGGAGGGAGGAACCCAUUGGUGAUGCAGGAACAAAAAAAAAAAUGGGACUGUCUGGUAUAAUAAAUGUGUGUAAAAUCGAGUUUGUGUCUGUAAUUGGGCACAGCGCUGCCUAGCGGUAGUGAAUUGUUAAGGUAGUACCAAAACCGAGAGAUUUUAAAUGGAAAAAGAUUCAGUAAAUAAAAGAUUUGCUGUAAGCUG